AUGGCUAUAUUCGACAUUGACUGGCGGUCCAACGCUUGGGCUUUAGCCUACUGUGGUGUCUCAACUUUCGGCGCCCUCUGCUACGGCUACGAUCAGAUUUAUUACACCGGCCUCCUGGGCAUGCGCCCAUUCAUCGAUGAUUACGGCACUACGACUGAUGGCGACAAUCGCAAAGCCCUGACUACAUCUUUCAUGUCGCUAACGGCCUCAAUCAUCUACGUCGGCGAACUCUUGGGAGCUCUCUUCGCCGCCCCGAUAAACGAUCGCUGGGGCCGCAAAGCCGUAUUCUAUCUCGCCUCUUUCUGUAUCAUCGCCGGAGCAAUCGUUCAGCUCACUGCGCACGGCAUCGAAGGUCUGAUUGUUCUUGGUCGAAUACUCAUUGGCCUCGGCGUUGGACAAUUCACAGUAACUUGUCUUCUCUACAUUGGCGAAGUCGCUCCGUUAGCUGUUCGGGGCCCGGCACUCAUGAUGUUUCAAUUCAUGCAGUCUUGCUCUCAGCUUGUCGGCUCGGGCAUCACUCAAGGCACCGCAGCCAUUCCGAACCGGAACGCAUACCUGAUUCCGAUGGGCUUGCUCAUUCUUCUUCCUGGAUUGAUGAUAAUAGCCCUGCCUUUUACACCAGAGAGCCCAACGUGGUAUGCGACGAAAGGACGCUUGUCCAAUGCCGAAACCGCUCUGAGAAAGAUCAACAGAAGCCGACCGAACUACAACCCUGCAUACGACGUCCGGGUAUUGAACGACGCAGUGCAACGAGAGACCGCCGAUGCGGCAGAGUCCAGCUGGAUCUCACUCAUACGGGACCCCACGGAGCGCCGGAAACUCAUUUUCUCAUCCGGCGCUAUGGUUGCACAGCAGAUCAACGGCAUUCAGUUCUUCUACUCAUACGGCGUAGUAUUUGCGCAAUCGAUUGGCAUAAAAGAGGCCUUCACCAUCUCACUCAUAACGAACACCCUUCAAGUCAUUUCUGUCGCCGUCUCGGUCAUACUUGGCAACCGAAUUUCGCGCCGCAAAACCCUGCUGAGCUGCACGGUCGGAAUUCUCAGUGCUCUUGUUGUCGUUGGAGGGCUAGGCUCGACACGAACCCCGUUUUCGGCCGGUAUUAGUGCCGCCAUCGUCGUCUUCUCCUACAUCGUCAUCGUCUGCUUCAACUUCUCACUGGGGCCUUUGGCUUUCACCAUUGCUUCUGAGAUGGCCGUUGGCAAAAACAGGAACAAAAUCAUGGCAUGUUCGAUUAUCUGUUUCUUUCUGACAGUGUGGGUCAUCGCUUUCGUUUCCCCCUACUUGUACUACGACGCAAAGUUGGGCCCGAUGCUCGGGUUUGUGUACGCCGGCACAACAACUAUCACAUUAACAUACAUCUGGUUCUGCGUGGGCGAAACUACCGGACGAAGCAACCUCGAGCUUGAGAGGUUUUUCGUUGAAGAGGUUCCGGUCCGUAAAUGGGAGACGCAUCGGUUUGCGGACGUGGACGCUGCUGGACAUGGCAAGUCGGUCAUUCAAGUAUCAGAGACAGUGGUCAGCUCGAAGGCUCUAGUAUCAUCGGCAUCGUCAUGA